UCAAAAAUGGACAGCGCGAUAUUUUUCUUCGCUAUACUCCUGGUACCGUGUCUCAAAACUGCAGUCGAUUGUAAGAGGGCGAGAAUCGUCCAAGGCGAGUUCGCCCUACCUGGCCAAUUUCCGUACGCGGUCUCGCUUCAAUUCCUGAGUAAUUACGCCUGCACCGAGACUUAUUGCGGCGGCAGCAUACUCGACGCUCGUCACAUCGUCACGGCGGCCCACUGCAUCACCAACAACGUCACUCACCAGUUCGAGAGCCGAGAGGUGAGCAUCAUCGCCGGCACGGUCGAUCUGAACAACAAAGCCAUCGGCGUGUAUCGGGACGUCGAGUACAUGUACGUGCCGAGAACUUGGAUCGACGACGUCUACAAUUCGCAUCCGUACUGGAACGACAUAGCGAUUCUGAAGGAACGGUCAAGUUACCCGGGCCCAGGGAUUACUUGGCUCCGACCCUCUACGUUGCGGUCAUGAACGGCUUCGGCGUUUACCAACAGGUCAGAAACAUGAUCGGCGAUCUGGAGCCGAGCAACACGAGUCCGUUUCUCAAAUACGCCGUGGGCACCAUCAACGUUCCCGACGCAGCCGGUUGCGAAAACACGGAGGUGUGCGUCAAAGCGCUGGCCCAGUACAAAGGA